CCAUUUCCUCCUACAACAUAACAACGCGGUCCGUCCUAGAAACCGCUUCCUUUCCCUUUUAUUGCAUGGGUCCUUUGUGUGUCGUUGGCCUGUUUUGUAUGAAACAACCAGUUGGGAAACUGAAACAACUGAACCGUCAGAUGGCUCUUCACAAGCAGUAAAUGUGUGUUUGGAGAACCUCGUCAGUGACAUGGUUUGCUGGGAUUGACAGACAGAACAGCAUGCUGAAACCAACAGCUUGAUGGGAGGAGUGUCAAUCGGUGCGGUGUCAAUCAGAGCCUCGGCUUCCCUUUCAUCUCUCCUUCCUCCCAAUGACUGAAGAGAGAGAAGGAGGAGGAGGAGGAGGAGGAGGAGGGAGGGAGCACAGCUACAUUACCAACACACACAUACACACUCUGGUUACAUUACACUGUGGAAGCGGUGCGGGAGCAGUGGGAAGUCGAUCCGCGACGGGUUUUUCCCUCUCAGUCUUCGUUUUCUGAUUGUUUUAUGACUUUUGCUUUCAUCCCUCCUCAUCCGAGCAGCUUUCAGGAUGUAUUGUGGCGCAUGAAAGCGGCGUACCGCGUUGCUCGUUGUCUUGCCUAAGUGUUAAAACUGUGUUUUCUUCCAAGUUGCACAUCCAUCAGUUACCUUUUCACCUCCGGACGGUGUUUUGGUUUUGUUGUUAGCCUACCUUUUGCCCCCUCCCCUCCUCUCCACCCUCGCGCAAGGACGCCACAGCUUCUUCACGGGACCACCGAGGAAAUAUUUUUUUUCUCACUUCUAUAAAUGCACUUUUUAACGUUGAGUCUUUUUCUUUUUUACUGGACCAUAUCCGCCGUCGGCUGUGCGUGUGUGUGUGUUGAUUGAAAAAGAAAACUAGUGAUGAGAUUUUAACUCGUGGUUCGUCUUCCUUCUUUUAUUUUUUUUUGUUAUAUUUUUCCCCCCUCAUGACACCUUGGCGGACGCUCAUUGUAGUUUAUCGGUUAUGAGUUUCCGUCCUUUUUAGCUGAAACACUCGCGGUGAAAAAAUAAAAGGGGGACGCCGACAGCAGCCACGCUCCUCCUGUUGCUUCAGUGAAAACACACCGGCAGCGUGUUUGCACGCCGCUUCCUCUUCGAGUGACUCACGGUCGGCGCUCCGGCUGAAGGAGAGGAGGAGGAGGAGGAGGAGGAAGAGGAGGGGGACGUUUCCCCACUCGGUUUCAGGGGAUUUCAGUGGGAGUUUUUCCCCUCUGUAGUCUCGGACAGUGCUGGCGUGUGUGUGUGUUGACUUCGGUUUUGUUUUUGUUUUUAUUAGCGAAACAAACAGAGUCAAAUAAGUAUAUAUAAACAAAUAAAUAAAUAAAAACACCAAACAUGCCACAGUUAUCAGGCGGCGGCGGAGACCCGGAGCUGUGCGCUACAGACGAAAUGAUCCCGUUCAAAGACGAAGGAGACCCGCAUAAGGAGCAGAUCUUCGCCGAGCUCAGCCACUCGGAGGAAGAGGGAGACCUGGCAGACAUCAAGUCAUCUCUAGUCCACGAGUCAGAGAGCAGCCCCAACAGCAACAGCCACGAUGCCGUGAGACAGUCCCAAAUACCACAAGAUUCAUAUCAUGAAAAACACAGAGACCAUCCGGAAGAUGGAAAACUCCAAGACUUGUACAGUAAAGGCCAUCCGUACUCAGGCUACCCAGGCUACGUCAUGAUGAGCAGCAUGAACGACUCCUCCUACAUGAACAAUGGCUCCCUCUCGCCGCCCAUGCCCAGAACGUCCAAUAAAGUCCCCGUUGUGCAGCCGUCCCAUGCAGUCCACCCACUCACCCCGCUGAUAACAUACAGCGACGAGCACUUCGCCCCGGGAUCCCAUUCUGGUCAUCACCCCCAGGAUGCCAACAACAAACAAGGAAUGCCAAGGCAGCACCCUGGACCAGACAUGCCCAACUUCUACUCCCUGUCUCCCGGAGGAGUGGGGCAGAUCACGCCACCGCUAGGAUGGUUUUCUCACCACAUGGUACCCGGCCCCCCGGGUCCUCACGCCACAGGGAUCCCCCACCCGGCCAUCGUCAACCCACAGGUCAAACACGAGCCUCUGCAUGAAACAGACAUCAUGCACAUUCUUUACAGGAAACCCCAGCACGAACAGAGAAAAGAGCAGGAGCCCAAAAGACCGCACAUCAAGAAGCCGCUAAACGCCUUCAUGCUCUACAUGAAAGAGAUGCGCGCGAAUGUGGUCGCCGAGUGCACGCUGAAGGAGAGCGCUGCCAUCAAUCAGAUCCUGGGACGAAGGUGGCAUGCUUUAUCUCGGGAAGAGCAAGCUAAGUAUUAUGAGUUAGCCCGCAAGGAACGACAGCUCCACAUGCAGCUCUACCCGGGCUGGUCUGCUCGAGACAAUUAUGGAAAGAAGAAGAAGCGGAAGAGGGAGAAGAUGCAGGAAACGGCCUCUGGUACAGGCCAGAGAAUGAAAACGGCGUACAUCUGACAAAAUGGAGGAAAACGUAGCAAUUUCUCCACAUGCAAAGCGAAGGCAGCAGCUACGGGCCCUCUGCUUGAGAUGGAGGCCUGUUAGAUUUCAUGAAGACCCUUAAAUCUCCAAACUGAAGCCUCCAGUUCUCAGAGGACCCCCCAACACCCCACUCCCACUCCCACACACCUACCCGUCCCUCCCAACCCCACCUGACCCUACACCCUUUCCUUCAACACAGUCACAUGCCACCACCACCACCACCAAAAAAAAAAAGAAAACCCCGUCACUGUUUGACUCCCUUCCCGAAGGCGCCUGCUGUAGAGACACUGAACUGAACUGAACAAGACAAUCACGAUUAGUCGGAGCACCCUCACGCAACCACGUCUUCUUACUGAAAAGCAUCGGUUUGUGGUCUGUGUUUUGUCAGUUUUCUUUACAGUUUUGCUUUACUGCAAUCCAAGGCACUGCACUGAAAAAAACAAACAAAAAAAAAACAAAACAAAAAAAAAAACCCAAAACAGCAGCACAAAGUUCUCCACUGCACCGCCCAAACACUCCACCUGUUUCUAAGUUACUGUAAUUUAUUUGUCACCUCGGUUCCUUUGUAUAGUUCAUUAGGCCGACAUUCGAUCCCUCAACACCUUCCCCCCAUCUCUCUCACUCUCUCACCCUUUUGAGACCAUUUGGGGUUUCACCCGACCGACCAAACACCUCUUUUUAGACUGCACUAAGGAAGACGGAGGGAUCUCAUCUUGUCUAAGAAACGUCCUCAAGAUGCCAUUUUAGUUCGUCGCUGACCAGUUGGUGCAAAAAGGAUCAACAUUUUGAUUUGCUUUUUAUUUUUUUUUUUGGUUUUAUUUGAAUGCUUUUUUUUGUAUCUUGAACCCUUGUUUCAAUUUCUCGGUGUAUAUUUUAGUGUUUUGUUGUUUUUUUUUUUAAAUAUUGUUUUUUUUUUAUAUAGUGGUAUAUAUAAAAAUAAGCUUUGGACACAGGAAAGCCAUUUUUCUUGUUGAAGCGUCUUGCAGAAAAUUGAAACUUAAGGCUUCUUUUGAUAACUAUUUGUAACAAAUAGUGACCUCGAGUCUUGCUCAGAUGUAAAAUAAUGCUCAGUAUGUGUACUUUUUAAAACUGUCAGGAUAUGUCAAUUUUCUUGGUAUUUUUGCAGGCAACAUUAGGACAAAGGCGAGAGUGAUAGCUCAGAGGCCUAUAUUUUAUUGUUCUAAAACAUGACAAAUGAAGCAGAUAUAUAUAUUUACCCCAGCACUUGGCAGUCUUUCUUUUAUUGCAAUGGACCUUUGUCUUUUCUCUCUGGUAGCUAAUAGUGUGGUCUUUUGCCAUGUUGUUUAUUCCAUGCAAGCAUCUCUGUAACAUUUUGAUUUUAAUGCUCUAUUUUAGUAUUACUUGAUGAAUUCCUUUUUUUAUUAUUAUUAUUAUUAUCAUGUUUUGGGUCACUGUCAUCUUGGUAUAGCAUUUUGCUUCCCAAGUGGUCAUAUUUGAACUGUUUCAACAUGGUUUUUUUUUUUCUUUUUUUGUAAGAAAAAUAAAGAGGCACCAUUGGCUCAUUUGA